AUGUCGGUAGUCAGACGCUUUAUUUCAACGUCCAACAAGCUGAAAGGUGCUGCGGCAACUGCUACUCGCGUAGCCACGGAUUCUGCCGUUGUACCACCGGUUUCAACUUCAACAUUGCAAAUGGCAUUGUCUCUGCAGGAACCUAGCAAUGUAUGGAGCAAAGAGCAGCUACGAGAAAUUUACAACACGCCAUUGCUGGAACUGGUGCAUUCGGCUCAAUUGCAACAUCGCAAAUGGCACGACCCAACUAAAGUGCAAUUGUGUACUUUGAUGAACAUAAAAAGCGGUGGUUGCUCAGAAGAUUGUAAAUACUGCGCUCAGUCAUCUCGUUACGACACCGGAGUACAGGCUGAAAAACUCGUUGCACUAGAUUCGGUGUUGAAAGAGGCAGAAGAGGCCAAGAAAAACGGUUCGACUAGGUUUUGUUUGGGAGCAGCCUGGAGAGAUAUGCAGGGUCGUAAAUCUGGGUUGCGCAAAAUCUCCGAAAUGGUCACCAAAGUCAACGCUAUGGGAAUGGAAACAUGCGUGACACUAGGAAUGGUCAAUGAAGACCAAGCAAAGCAGCUCAAAGAAGCCGGUUUGACCGCUUACAAUCACAACAUCGAUACCUCCAGAGAACAUUAUCCAAAAGUCAUUACCUCCAGAUCCUAUGACGCUCGUUUGAAUACCAUCAAAAAUGUGCAAACUGCAGGCAUAAAAGCCUGCACUGGUGGUAUUUUAGGGCUGGGAGAAACCGAAGAAGAUCACGUAGGGUUCAUUCACACUCUGGCUAACAUGACCCCACAUCCAGAAUCACUGCCGAUAAAUAGGCUAGUUCCCAUCAACGGUACUCCAAUGGCAGAAGACUUGAAAAAAUCAGAUGCCAAGAAGCUUAAGUUUGACGAUAUCUUGAGAACUGUCGCAACAGCGCGGAUUACCAUGCCACGCGCAAUUAUUAGAUUGGCAGCAGGAAGAUACACAAUGAAAGAAACAGAACAAUUCCUGUGUUUCCAAGCUGGUUGUAAUGCCAUUUUCACUGGUAAAAAGAUGUUGACUACCAUGUGUAACGGUUGGGACGAAGACAAAGCAAUGUUAGCCAAAUGGGGGUUGGAGCCAAUGCAAAGCUUCGAAUACAAUGCCGACCAGAGAGCCGCUGCAGCGCAAGGAUCCGCCUAA